GUCUGGCACGUCCGGGCAACGCAAAACUACCGCGCCCCUUCUCUCCGCCGACCUACAUUCUCGCCGUAUUUCGAACUCUUAUCACUUAUCACUCUAUGAUUCCGCGUUAAUGCGUUAUCAGUUAACUGCAGUAGGCCGGUCAGUGUUCGACCUGUUGUAGCAAGUAGCAACGUUGAACGUAGCGUUGUGUCAGUCUUAAUACUUGACUUAAAACUCCAAACUUCAUAAAAUCUACUACCAAGCGCAACUGCACAAGUCACCCUUGUUGACUACCAUCGGCGGUAUUGUACAUUUCAUUUUUAUGAAAAUUAAUACUUGAAACAAAAUAAUAUGUUGUCAUAUCCUACAUAUUUUGAAUUUUAUCCACGUAAGGUGAUGACAUUAACUUUUAUAUUUAAAAAUGAUGAGGUCUUAUUGGGUAUGAAAAAUCGUGGUAUGGGAAAAGGUAAAUGGAAUGGAUUUGGUGGCAAAAAAGAACCCAAUGAAACAGUUAUUGAUGCUGCUAAACGUGAAGUAAAAGAAGAAUGUGGCUUAGAUGUGGAUGACAUAUCCAUGAAAAAAAUUGCUACUAUAGAUUUUGAGUAUGUUGGAUCAAAAGAAAUUUUGGAAGGCCAUGUAUAUUUAUGUAAAACAUUUAAAGGUGUCAUAGUUGAAUCUGAUGAAAUGGCGCCAAUAAAGUGGUUCAAAAUUGAAAACUUACCGUGUAAUAACAUGUGGGUUGAUCAUAAAUUGUGGUUUCCGAUGGUAUUGAAAGAAAUACCAUUUAAAGCACAUUUCAAGUAUUUAAAUGAUGAUACCAUGUUGGAUAGUACCAUACAAUUAUUAAACAUUCUCGAAAAGACCAAGGAAAUUUGGGUUGAUGUAAUUGUUAAAAAAGAUAACCAAAUGCUUAUUUGUAAUAAUCUUGAAGGAUCUAAAGACUUUAAACGGCAUGAAAAAGUUAUUAAAGGAGAGUCUUUGGAAAAUGCGGCCUUAAGAUACUUAAAAAGUAAUUAUGAAAUAACUACUGAGGAGGUACAAAAAGUAGCUGUUGUUAAUGUUGAACUCAUUGACAUGCCAUCUAUUAAAGAAAUUCACAUGUUUGUUAUUGAUGUUUCAAAACUAUCAAACUUUUCACCAUCAAAUGAUUAUCAAUGGUCCGAUAUAGAUAACAUACAAUUUUGGGGAGAUCAAAAGUUGUUGUCUACAUUAUUUAUAAUGAAACCAUUUAAAGCAUAUUUUCUAAUGGACAUUGAUGAUAUUUUAUGCAGCAAAUAUGAAGACAAUUAAUCAACAUCAACUACCAAGUUAUUAGCUUGGAUUUAGAUUAUUUAGAUGUAUGGAGUGAUUUUUAAAGAAACUAUUUUUUUUUGUAUCAGAAUGGAGUCCCACUGUUUCAUUCAGGUUAUCUAAGAUUUGACAUUCUUCUCUAGCUUCUGUGAAUAUUGUACAGUGCAUGAUUAUAUGUUACAUCGUAAUGUUUUUGUUGCAUGAGGUUCUGUUUAUAUGAUUUAUUCUUUACUGCUUAAGCCUUUGAGUUUUGGCCAGAGUUCAACGGAGGUUAAAUUCUCUUAAUUUAUUUUCUGUUACUUGUGCCAUUUUGAGUUCUAAAAAUGUAUACAAUAUUUAUCAACAUUCUUUGCAUGUGAACUAAUGACAAAAAGUAAAGUAAUUUGGUAUUAGAAUUACAAAUUACAUUUCAGAUAUUAUUGUUUGUAUAUAAUGUCUAGUUUCCACAUUCAACUAUAGUUACUCCAUAACUUAUAGGUCGUUCUUAAGUAAGGUUUGAAAGUGAUAGGAGUUACACAAUAUUCUAUAAUCUCGAUUCAUAGACUAAGCUAGAAAUCUGAGCUUUACAGUGGUGAGCUUAAUAAUCAAACAUUUUAAAUGCUUAUUUUGCAUAAGUAUUUUGUUAAUUUUAGGGAAAAAGUAUGUUUUUUUUUUUACACACGUUUUAUGCAUAUUAAAUAUUUUCUAAAAACAAAUUAAUCUUUUUCUUUCUCAAGUUGUAAUAAUAAUAUAAAAUAUAAAACUCUUCUUCUACUUGCUCUUCCGCAUGCGUCUUCUAUCCCACCAAAAUCCUCUUAUUAAAAACGUCCUCUGUGGAAAGGACCUCAUUGUUCCUCUCUAACUCAGGAAAUCCAAGGCGCAGACUAAAAAGGAAAUAGUGUCGUGACCUCCUACAGCUUCCAAUUUAAAAUAUACAAUAUAUAUAUAUAUAUAUGUAAUAUUUAUAUACGAUUCCAACCAUCGACAAUUAAAAAAAAAAAAAAUAUGUGUAAGUAAUUCAUACUUAGUGUUGCCAGUGGCUUCUUAUUCGACUUUUAACGUCCCUGUUUUCUCUUAACACAUAAACUUAUUGUACAUUACUUGUAUAGAUUAUUUAUUUCUAAUAAAUAUUUAAAAAAAAAAAAAAGUAUAAAACUCAAUAUUAUUUAAUAUAGGUACUUAUUUGUAUUGUCGCAGUCUACUAUUAAUUUAAAGACAAUGGUAAUCUCUAUCGCUGUAAUAUUCCAAUGUAUUCUCAUUUCAAAUAUAUUUUUUUCAAUUCAAUAAAAUUUCAAAACAGUAAUCAA